GAUAAGGCUAGGAGGCGCGGAGAUUCGAUUUUGUUUGCUUAUAGCGAACGCAAUGGAUGAUCCAUCUUUGCAGAUACAUUUCAAGGGGCACAAGGAGGCUAUUACAUGUGUGGAUUUCAACCCAAAUGGAAAGCAACUUGCUUCAUCUUCUAUGGACGCUUGUUUAAUGGUUUGGAAUAUCAAGCCAAAAACACGAGCAUAUAAGUUUACGGGUCACAAGGAUGCGAUAUUUUGCGUCCGGUUUUCCCCAAGGGGUGAGCUUAUAGUCACUGCAUCUAGAGACAAAACUGUAAAGUUGUGGGUUCCAAGCAUAAAAGGAGAGUCUGUUACCUUUCGCGCACACACAGCAGCUGUCCGUUGGCUGGAUAUAUCCUCUGAUGACUUAAAAAUAUGCACUGCGUCUGCCGACAAGUCAGUGAAGGUUUGGGAUUUACACAGACACAGGUUCUUAUUCUCUCUAACUAAACACGUUAAUUGGGUGCGAUGCUGUCGAUUCUCACCUGACUCACGCUUGAUAAUUUCCUCAUCAGAUGACAAGACUAUUAAAUUGUGGGAUACUGAGACACAAAGCUGUGUGCAUACGUUUCACGAAACUAAUGGUUUCGCCUCGCAUCUAGAUUUUCAUCCCAGUGGAAACUGUUUUGCUUCAGGAAGUACUAACUUCUCGGUUAAACUUUGGGAUCUACGAAUGAAUAGGCUUGUUCAAUAUUAUAAUGCUCACAAUGGACCUGUACAUAAGGUCUCUUGUCAUCCUAACGGUCGUUUUCUUCUGUCAGGAUCAGAAGAUUCAACACUAAAGGUAUUUGACCUUCACGAGGGGCGUCCACUGUACACACUGCAGGGUCAUAUAGGACCUGUUACUGCUGCCGCGUUUUCCGCUUCUGGUGACAACUUUGCAUCUGGUGGAAAUGAUGGGCAGGUGUUCAUGUGGUGCACAAAUUUCGAUAAAUCUGCAAAUGAAGUAACUAAAACCUCAGAUCAAAGCCCUGGUCGUAUUCUUACAACUUCGAACCCUGAGGCCUCUACAUCUCGAAGUAGAUCUAUCCAGAUUAGUCGUCGGUUGUUAUGUCCUCAGUCCCAAACAGUUGGCACUUCUCAAAUGACAUCAAACGGAUCGCAAGAGAAAGAUCAGCAGACUUCUGAUGCAUCUGGAGCAAUUAUCGACUAUCGUGAAUCUCCUAAUGAGGAAACACGUGAACCACCCACUUCUGUGAUGCGUCAUUUCCCUCCUAGUGCCCGCAUUCAUUCCGGUAUCAGUACACCAAGCACCUUACCACUAACAUCAAAUUGUAAUGCUAACUCUAAGGCAAUUGCUGAUUUAUACAAUGAACAACAAAAUAUUCCACCGGCAGUUUUCACUCUACUUGAACAUGUGGUUUCCCAACUGGACAUAUUGACACAUACCGUUUCAAUAUUAGAUCAACGUUUAACUUUGAUAGAAAAUGAAUCAAACGAUGGUGUUUAACUUUGCUGACGUCUGCUAUUCGUUAACUGAAUUUAGCUAGUCCAUCACGUUUUAUGAAUUCAAUAUUAAUGUUAUAAUGAAUGCUUAAUGUGUUCAAUGAAAGAUACUGUUUGUUUGAUCUUUGCGUUUCAAAUAAAUAUGAACAUUCCAGCAUAUUUUAUUCACGAUUUUGAAUUGUACAUUACCCUGUGAAUCUCACUUAUUUCAAGAUACUUUGCAUUUAAAUUUUCUCCAUUUUAAUAUAUAAUUAACAUACUGCAGCAUUGAUUUGUUACUAAUUAUCAACUGAUAUCAUAGCUAAUCGCAAAUGCUGAUUGAACUCUGCGAGCAUCGAAUUAGCAGAUUUUCAGUAUUUUGCGUUGAUUUUUCUGUAUGCCUAGAGAUUCACUAUUAUUGAUGUACUUUGUAUUGUUGAACUUCGACGUCCAACUAAAGAAUUCAAAAGUCAACGAACACAGAAAAGUAGUAUAGCACUUCAUUAAAUGAGAGUGAAUAUGAACAAGUCUAAUAAAUAACUCUUUAUUC